UCGGUUUGCGGCUUUUCUCUUCAAUAUUAGGCCGAGACAACCCAAGAAUCUUAGAGAGAAAACGAGAGAAAGUCUGAGAAAAUUCUCAUUCAAACAACACCUUUUUCUACUUCUAUCUCUUUAUGCAUUUCUGUCUCUUUAAUCUUCAUCUUCACAAAUAAAGAAAAAGCAAAAGCAAAAACAAAACAAAACAAAGCAAUCCCAAUUUCUGUUAGUAAAUAUUUCUAAUGGGAAAAUUGGAGUCCUGUGUCCAAUUGUAAAGUUUGAAUCUUUAUCAUCGUGGGGUUGCUUUGAAAUGGUGGAUUCUAAUGUUUUUUUUUUUUUUUCUGUAAAAGAUAGAAUCCCAGUUUCUGUUUCAGCAUUUUAAUUUGUGUUUCAUUGUAAAACUUGGAUUUUUAUCUUUGUGGGGUUGUUUUAAAGGGGUAGAUUUUAUUGAUUUUUUGGUAAAAGAAACGAUUGUAACAGGUAUAUGUUAAAUGGGGAAGCUUUAAAUUUGUGUUCAAUCGUGGAGAUUGAAUUUUAAUUUAGAGUAGGUGAGGGUUGAAGAGGAGUGGUUUUUUUUUUUUUGAUUUAAAGAAAUGGCAACAGAACAGGUUUUGUCACUCUCUGUUGCUUCUGUUGUGGAGGACAUUCUUCAACAACAUAAUACAAGAUCGAGGCCUAUUGAUUUGGCUUCAAGGAAAACUGAAGAGGCUUCCUUAAGAAGAUAUGAAGCAGCAGGGUGGCUGCGAAAGACGGUUGGAGUUGUUGGUGGUAAAGAAUUUCCGGCACAGCCUUCAGAAGAAGAAUUUAGGCUUGGAUUGAGAAGUGGAAUAAUCCUUUGCACUGCCCUCAACAAGAUUCAUCCUGGAGCUGUAUCAAAGGUGGUAGAGGGUCCUUGUGAUGCUGACGAUAUUCCUGAUGGGGCAGCUCUAUCUGCAUUCCAGUACUUCGAAAAUGUCAGAAACUUCCUUGUAGCGGCAGCAGAAUUGGGGGUUCCAGCAUUUGAAGCCUCUGAUUUUGAAGAGGGGGGGAAAUCUGCAAGGAUAGUGAACUGUGUUCUAGCCCUUAAGUCAUACGAUGAAUGGAAGCAAAGUGGUGCACGAGGGUCAUGGAAAUAUUCAGGGAAUUUCAAACCUUCAAGCUUUACUGGGAAAUCAUUCAUGCGGAAAAAUUCAGAACCAUUCAAGAAUUCCUUUUCGAGGACCUCAUCAAUCGGUGAGAAGUUUCUAGAGAGUGAGCAGUCUUCAAAUGGUGAUCUUGGUUUUUACCUCAAUGAAGCAGGAUCCUCUCGCAACCUAAAUGUUUUAGUCCGCUCAGUUCUUUCAGAUAAGAAACAAGAAGAAAUUCCAAUGGUUGUGGAAUCUAUGCUAUCUAAAGUCAUGGAGGAGAUUGAGCGUCGUGUGGCAAGCCAAAAUGAGCUGAUGAAAGGAGCUUUAAAAGAUAUGGAAGCAUCUUGUCUCAACAACUCUCUUUCAAGCACUAUUAACACUGAUAUAGAGAUGGAAACAACUUCAAAAGAUAUGGAAGCAUCUUGUCCCAAUAACUCUCUUUCAAGAACUAAUAACACUGACAUGGAGAUGGAGACAGCUUCAAAACAUAUGGAAGCAUCUUGUCCCAACAACUCUCUUUCAAGAACUAAUAACACUGAUACGGAGAUGGAUGGUGAGUUUUCCAUCAAUGAAAAGAAGGAUGAAGAGGGAAAUCAUGAUGAAAAAUCAGAAAUUCAACAUUUGAAACAAUGCAUGUUGGUUGAGCAACAACAAAGGAAUCUCCAGGAAUUGAAAAAAACUCUACACAUUGCAAAAGCAGGAAUGCAACAAUUGCAAAUGAAGUACUUGGAAGAUUUCAGUUCUUUAGGUAAACAAUUGCAUGGUCUAGCCUAUGCUGCUUCAGGGUAUCGGAAAGUACUUGAAGAAAACCGCAAGUUAUACAAUCAAGUGCAAGACCUAAAAGGUAAUAUUAGGGUGUAUUGUCGGGUCCGGCCAUUUUUGAAUGGACAAGAGAACCGUAUGAGUACUGUGGAUAACAUUGAGGAAGGGAAUAUAACAAUUACCACCCAACUAAAGUAUGGAAAAGAGGGACGGAAAACAUUUAGUUUCAACAAAGUAUUUGGACCUGCUGCAACUCAAGUGGAGGUAUUUUCAGAUACUCAAGCUCUGAUUAGGUCUGUUCUUGAUGGUUACAAUAUUUGCAUAUUUGCCUAUGGCCAAACAGGAUCAGGAAAAACUUACACUAUGACUGGACCAAAAGAGCUGACUGAGGAAGGUCUAGGUGUAAAUUUUAGGUCAUUGAGUGAUCUAUUUCUCAUCGCAGAUCAGAGAAAAGACACCAUUAGAUAUGAUAUUUCUGUGCAAAUGCUUGAAAUCUACAAUGAGCAAGUUAAGGAUCUACUUACGACAGAUGGUCAAAACAAACGAUUAGAAAUUCGUAACAGUUCUCAAAAUGGAAUUAAUGUGCCAGAUGCAAACCUUGUAUCUGUAUCAACAACUUCUGAUGUUAUAAAUUUGAUGGAACUUGGGCACAAGAACCGCUCGGUAGGAGCUACAGCGAUGAACGAUAGGAGUAGUCGAUCUCAUAGCUGUGUGACGGUUCACAUUCAAGGUAGAGACCUGACAUCUGGAAAUAUUCUUCGUGGUUCCAUGCAUCUUGUUGAUCUUGCAGGGAGUGAAAGAGUUGACAAGUCAGAGGUGACAGGAGAUAGAUUAAAGGAGGCUCAACAUAUCAACAAAUCUCUUGCUGCCCUGGGAGAUGUGAUUGCCUCUCUUGCUCAAAAGAAUUCUCAUGUUCCCUAUAGAAACAGUAAACUUACUCAACUGCUGCAGGAUUCACUGGGAGGGCAAGCAAAGACACUCAUGUUUGUUCACAUUAGUCCGGAGCCUGAGGCCCUUGUUGAAACAAUUAGUACACUCAAAUUUGCUGAAAGGGUUGCCACUGUUGAACUUGGUACCGCUCGAGUUAACAAAGAGACUAAAGAAGUGAAAGAGCUUAAAGAACAGAUAGCUAGUCUUAAGGCAGCCUUAGCAAGGAAGGAAGAGACAGAGCAUCUUCAAUAUACUCGACCUAACACCCCUGAAAGAUCCAGUGUGAAGUCUAGCGGGUCUUCUCCUUCUCUUUCUAGCUGUUACAGUUUAGGAGACAUCUACAACAAUCUUAGGCAACCAGUGGAGGAUGGCAGUAACAUGCAGGUCCGGAACCAAGAUGCAAAACUGAGAAGGAAAAGCCUAGAUCCCCAAUUGCUUGCAAGUUCACUGCCUUGGCCAUCAGUUGGAAUUCCUGUACUAAGUGAAAAGGAUGACGAAAAGGAAUUCACUUCUGGUGAAUGGGUUGAUAAAGUCAUGGUGAACAAACAUGACUUUUUAGUUAGCGAUGAUAACUUGCUAGGACAGUGUGAAGUAGACAACAGAGAGCAACCUGAAAGUUUAUAUCAUGAUCCAGCAAAGAUAUAUCCGGAACAACCUGUGAAUAGAUCAACAGUAAACAAAAAGGAUAGUCAAGAUUCUGUGCAGAAGAGUCGGUAUGAGAUUGCUACCACCGAUGAAUCUGAUCACGAGGCUGCGGCAAGUGAUUGUUCAGAGUCAGACUUGCUUUGGCAAUGCAAUAUUCCUAGAGUAGUUUCAACUACUCCUAAAGGACUCAGCACUAAAACAAAGAAAAAUCCCACCAAAUCUGUAACAAAGCUUACAGAAACAAGGAGUUUAAUUCCAUCGUUAAUUCCCUCGCCACCAACCCGGAGACUAUCCACUGGGAAUGCUCCAUCCUUGCAGAAGUCUGGAAGGCAGCCAGUUCUUGUUGAUGGGAAGCGAAAAAUGCGACCUGCUAAGUGAAUAUACCAUAUGCGUUGUGGAGAGAAGUGAUAUUUUCCUUUUACGUUUUUUCCUUUGUCUAUCAUUCUUUAGUUGUAGAAAGAGAGGUUUUCACAUAUCAAAUUGCAAUGUUCAAGUUGUCUUUGUUUCUUGGUGGUGAUCUUGAUAUGUUUGGUGUCCCACCUUGUUGAUUUUAAUUUGUUUAUAUGGGUGAUGAAUUUGUAAAUUCUCCUUUAUUUUGCUUCAGCUUUUGAAUCUCAUAAUAGAAACAGAAAGAAAACAUUUACCCAAAUGAGAGAAAAAAGAAAGAUUGUUUACAAACUCAUA